CCUGGGCUACCAGGUUUGGUUUUGCAGCCGAUGUGGGACCCAGGGGCCGUACGCGGCUCGAUAUUCCCAGCGGAAAUUCCUUCCUGGGUGUGUGUGUCUCGGUUCGUGCCUCGGUCCCCAGACUAUCCCCCAGGGGACGUAUCAGCUGUAGAACGUGGCGCCUCUCCCGUGUUUCUGUGUCACAGGGGGAAGGGAGCCUAAACACUCCAGGGCCUGGUCCAAAGCCCGUUGAAACCAAGGGGAAGACUGCAGUGGACUCUGGAGCCACGCUGGCCCAUCUGAGCCACCUCCGAGCUGAGCUUGCGGCUGGGUUUCCAUUCAAAGGCCAGUGCUGGGUUCCCCUCUAGACUCCACAAAGAGAGACGGAUUGGCCUCAGAACCGCCCCACCAGGCGUCAGCUAUGGCAGCUCUGCAGACCCUGCAGGAGGCGCUGGCUGUGCUGGUUUGCACUUUCCAGCGCUAUUCCAAACGGGAAGGUGACAGAUUCAUGCUCAGCAGAGGGGAGCUGAAGGAGCUGCUGGAGAAAGAGCUGCCCAGCCUGGGAGAUGUACAAGUGAAGGAAGGCGCCUUUGAGGAACUGCUGAGCAUCCUGGAUGUGAACAGAGACGGGGAAGUUGACUUCCAGGAGUACAUUCGCUUCGUGGCGGUGGCCUGCACCUUAUGCCAUGAGUUUUUCUUGGACUCCCCUGUAGUUCUGCCACGUGGACAAUAAACCCACCCAGCUGGCUCUGUACAGGGCAUGAAUACAAAGCAGGAGAGCAAAAUUAUAGGUCUGGCAGCAACCAUGCAGCUACCUAGGAACCUCAUGCUGGGAAAGGUCGUGGUGUGUCAGGGAUUGAACUCACGUCUCCCUGACCCAAAUAGCACAGAGCCACUCCCUUGAGCUAAAGGAGAGUUUCCAUCAACUGGCAGCAGAAGAGCACUGUUUCUCAAUCCUGGAGAGGAGGGUCACGAAAGUCAACCAGGGGGUUUGUGAGGCUUUGAAAAAUUUAUUACAGUCUAAAACAAAGCAAAUCUCCUUUCCCCACUCCCAGCAGGCCCUGGUCCAUCCAGUGAAGUGCACUCUGUCAACCUCUCGAUACACACCCACAUGAAUCAGUUAUUGGCUUAACUUAUACACUAUUGUACUCUUGCAUCCAUAGUGAAUGUGUUGUGUGCUGGGGAGGGGGGCGUCACAUACAUUUCUGACCGAAUGAGGGAUUGCCAGCCUGAAAAGGUUGAGCAACGCUGCAGUACGGGGUUUAUGACACACGGUUGAACUGAGCUGAUUGCAUCCAGCAGAGGGCAGCUGCACUCCAACCCCCAUACCAGUUCAUGACAAGAAAUUCCCAAACAGGAUUAAGUUACACAACCCUGAAUUCCACUGCACAGUCCUUGCAGUUAUGAAAUAUUAAUAAUUUGCAUCUCAUUUUAGUUAAAUAAUAUCCGGAGAUGCACCAGUGUUUCCAAUCUCAGAGGGUAUUUUUGGCCAUAUUUGCCCUGUUCAAAAUUGACUGCCAUGAGCACGGAACGUGUCCAGGGCUAACUGCUUAGUCAGGACCAGUUCCUUCCGCUGCGGGAGGGUCAUCUCCACUGCAGCCGUGGUCGAGACGUC